AUGGAUCUUGUCAACAGUCUCGAAGGCCGCCUUCUUUUUGCCGUACCCAAGAAGGGUCGGCUCAAUGCUGCCGCACUUAACCUCCUCGAGGGCGCCGAUGUCCAAUUCCGCCGCGAGAACCGCCUCGAUAUCGCCCUCGUCAAGAACCUCCCCAUUGCCCUAAUUUUCCUCCCCGCUGCCGACAUUCCCACCUUUGUCGGCGAGGGCCGUUGCGACCUCGGUAUCACCGGAUGGGACCAAGUCCAGGAGCACGAUGCGUCGGUUCGCGCCUACAACAACCUACGACGCAGCUCCGUCGACAUGUCGUCUUCCGACGAGAAGACUGCUGGCUCUGACAUGGUUAUGGAGUUGGGCUUUGGUAGCUGCAAGCUCCAGGUCCAGGUUCCCGAGAAAGGCCAAUAUAAGACCCCCGAGGAUCUCAUUGGCAAGACCAUCGGGACCAGCUUCGUCCACCUUGCAGCCGACUAUUUCCUGAAGCUCGAACAAGGCCAGAACGGCGAGGGCGAGGUGUCGCCUCGCAAGAUGCGUACCAAGAUCGUGGAGCUGAGCGGCAGUGUUGAGGCUGCUUGUGCUCUUGGUGUUGCUGAGGGUAUCGUCGAUCUUGUUGAAUCAGGAGAAACCAUGCGAGCUGCUGGCCUCAAGGCCAUCGAGACCGUUGUCGAUUCCACCGCCGUACUAAUCAAGUCAAGAACCCCUUCAAACCCCGAGCUUAUCGACCUCAUUACAUCACGCAUCAAAGGUGUCAUCACCGCAAAGAGCUAUGUUCUUUGCCAAUACAACGUUGAGCGAAGCCGCCUUACCGAGGCCACCCAAGUCACCCCUGGGAAGCGCUCUGCGACAGUCACGACUCUUGAUGAGGAGGGUUGGGUUGCUGUAAGCUCCAUGGUUGAAAAGAAGAAGAUUGCCCUGGUUAUGGACAACUUGACCCGAAUUGGUGCUCAGGACAUCCUCGUACUCGACAUUCACAACGCACGAUAA